AUGGUGGAGGAAGAAAGUGCAUGGGAAAUUGGUACUAACCAAAACCCUAGGAUCAUAGAGAAAUCCAAAGCUCACUCAUGGAGUAAGAUAGUAGGUCCCGUUCCGGAAGUUGAGGGAUUAUAUCUGACUAGUGAUGAAGCUAGUAAGAAGAAUGUCAAAAUAACAAUGGAAGAUAUUGACGGUGAAAUAGUUUACUGGAAGUCGGUUGUUAUAUGCUAUGUAUUAGGAUCAAAUCCUCCGCUACCGGUAAUUGAUGGCUACUUUAGAAGAAUUUGGGAAUCACUGGGUAUAGAUAAAGUUGCUCAAGUGAAUAGAGGGGGUUUUCUGGUAAGAUUUCAUUCAGGAAAAAACAGAGUCAAAGCAGUAGAAGAAAGAGUCCAGAUGUUCGAUAAAAAAUCAAUGGUUGUAAAACCUUGGGAACCAGACAUUGAUGUAAGCAAAGAGCAAGUGGAUAAUAUCCUUGUGUGGAUUCGACUAAGGGGAAUGGAUAUCAAAUAUUGGGGUAAAGCAGCACUGAUUACAAUUGUUGGAAUGGUAGGCAAACCUCUCAAAGCAGAUAAGGCAACAACUAACAAGGAGAGACUAGCAUUUGUACGAGUUCUAGUGGAAAUUUCACUUAGUCAGAAGUAUCCAACCUCUGUUCUUUUUGAAAAUGAAUGGGAAAAAUCAUAG